AUGUCCUACGACGACAAUCAAAUUUCAAGUCCGGUUGUUAAACGAAGGCGGAGAACCACUACAUCAUCGUCAUCCACAUCCAGUACUUCACAACCGCUGAAUACAAUAAGUACCGCAACAAUAUUCUCUUCUCCGUCUGGAUCUACAAUCUCGCGAGAUACGCCGUUAACAAGAAAGAAACGUAGUGCCGCAUGGCGUUAUUUUAACCAGAACGAAAAUGAUUCAUCGCAAUGUAUAUGUAAUUUAUGCAAAGUCGAAAUAAAACGUUACGGUAAUGGUACUAGUGCUUUGCUAGAACACCUCUCAUUAAAACAUUCCAAUGAAUAUAAAGUUGUACGAGAUGGAAUUGAUCGGAGCAAACCCCAAGCAAGACAGCAUUAUUUACCAAUUGAUAGUGAACGUAGUAAAUACGUAACAAAACUCAUAAUGGAAUAUUUGCUAUAUGAAUUAUUACCAAUAAAUAUGGUUGAGAGUGACGCUUUUAAAAAUUUGAUUUACAAUAUUGAACCAGCGUAUAAUAUGCCAUCAAGAACAUAUUUUACGUACAAAGUUUUAUUAGCCUUGUAUAAUGAGACACGAACAAAAGUUGAAGACAUUUUACGAACUGCUAAUGGUAUUUCAAUAACAACGGAUUGUUGGACUUCAAUUGCACACGAAUCAUACGUUACUGUAACAGCUCAAUUUCUAACACAACAAUUUGAAAUGAAAAUAUUUAUAUUGGAAACUAUAGAUUUUUCAGGUCGACACACAGCUGAUGCUCUAGCAAAAAAGUUGCAGGAAAUUUUCGAAGAAUGGAAUAUAACGCAUAAGAUAGUAUCAGUUGUAACAGACAAUACAGCUAGUGUGAGGAAUGCCGCCAAAUUACUUCCAUAUGAAGACUGGGGUUGUUUCGCUCAUUUACUCAAUUUAUCAGUAGUUAAAGGUAUCAAUUUGAUUCAUGAUGAAAUCGAUUUUGUCAGAAAAAUUGUAAUUUUCACUCGUCGAAGUACAUUGGGUUUUGAGGAACUCAAAAGUGAACAAGACAAGCUUCAGCGACCCCAUCGAUCAUUGAUUAUUGAUGUAAUCACUAGCAUGUACUACAUGCUUCAACGAUUUAUUGAAGAGAAACAAGCAAUAUUAGCGUGUUUAAGCAAGAAAGAAUUUAGCAAAAAACUUCAAGACGUCAACACAAUAGCAAGCAUACGUUGGUCUGUUAUUGAAGAACUGCUUUCAGUAUUAAAACCAUGGGAACAAGCCACUAGAACUAAACAGAAUGUCCAUGAUAUAAAGCAACUUCUUAUUUUGUUAUCAUAUACGUGUGAAGAUCACUGCUCUGCCUACUUUUUGUAG